CUGCCCCAUUCUCUUAAAUUACAGAGCUCAGACCCUCCAUACCUUAUUUUGACACUGAGAUCUAGAUCAAAAGGAUCAACUUAUAUACAUUGAAGUUUAUUUUACUUCUAGCUGUCCAUGUGAAGAAAUAGGAACAAUUAUUAAUCUGAGGAUGACUAAAGACGCGUUAGCUGUCACUGUCGUGGUAUUAUGGCUGCUCAGCACUCCAGCUAGGAGCAGAGAAACCGGGGGAUUUCAAGGCGCCAUUCCUCACCCAAAUAAAUACAACCCAAACGACUCGGAACAGUCACCGCAGACACCGCAGACCAGUUUCAGGGGAAUGGGACCGCCUUCAGUCGGGGACGAGGUGCUGGACUCUAGCCAGGAGGCUCUAUACGUAACGGAGCGCCGGUAUCUGAAACUCGACUGGUGCAAGACUCAGCCGCUGAAACAGAUCAUUAAAGAGGACGGCUGUCAGCCACGCACCAUCAUCAACCGCUUCUGUUAUGGCCAAUGUAACUCAUUCUACAUCCCGCGACACGUUUAUCAAGAAGAAGACAACGCAUUCGAGUCGUGCUCGGUGUGCAAGCCCAAAACUUACACGACCGUCUCUUACACCCUCUAUUGUCCAGGACAGAUCCCCAGUACCAGGAGAAAGCGCGUGCGGCGGGUGAAACAGUGCCGCUGCACCGCGGUGGACUUGGAUUGAGCGUGCUGACGUCAUUGUUUAACGUGCGUGCGGUUGAAUAAAAGUUACGAUUCUUCUCUAUCGUUUAAAUUAUAAUGCAGGAGCAUCUUAUCCACAUGAAUAAAAACACUGUAGUAUACUUUAGUAUUUACUAUAGUAAACUGUAAUUCUGUAAAAAAAUCCUAAAUUUUUAAGUUUAAUCAAUUUGAAUGUACAAUUCAUUUCAACUUUCCUGAGUGAGAAGUUGCUAUAAAUUAUAAAAAUAAAGUUGAAUUAGCUUAAGUUAUUUAUAGUAACGCCUUACUUGUCAAGAAAGUUGAAAUUAAUUGUAAAUUCAAGUUGUUUUUAAACUUAAAAAUAUUAAUGUAAUUAAUAUAAUCAAUGCAUUAAUUAAUAUAAAUAUGCAUUCAUAUAAAUUAAUGCAUAUAGUGGUUGUGAAUCUUUACUAUUUAUAAAUUCACGUUAAUGCUAUAGAAUACUAUAGUUUACAUGAACAAGUGUAGCAAUUACUAUAAUAUUUUACAGUAUACUACAAUGUACCACAGUUACUAUACUAAGAAUACUAUAGUAUACUAUAGCCAUUUCAUUAAAGAUGGUUCUUAAUGUCCUGAAGAAAUACAUUUAAUGCAAUUAAAUGCAGUCUGUAAAGCUUAGAAUCUGCCAUUUUAUACUUUGGAGAUGAUGAUAUAGAUGCAAAAGUUACACAUUAAAGCUUUUUAAAAACACAUGAUAAGUUAUAAUACUAUAAAAUAGUGACAUUAAAAUAUGUCUAUGUUAUUCUCCACUGUGUGGAGCAAGAUUUGCACAUUGCUAACUAUAUACCUAUUGUUUAAAUAAUUGAGUCCAGUGCGUUUUAUAAAACAUUUAUGUUUAGUUUUAUGUUGCAAACAGAAACAGAAAAAAACAUUGUUGUGAAAUAAAUGACUUGUGAAGAAGCAACAUAUCUAUAAUCAAUAAAAAUGUGAUGUUUAUUAAGAUAAAACUAAAUGUGAUGUUUUAUUAUUGUACAUCUGGGU